AUGCUUGGCCGGCGGCAGGGCACGUCUCUUCUUCCAGUGCUUGCUGCCACUUGUGCGCCAGGAAUCAUAUCUCCAACUGGAACAUAUCGAAUGCUCUGGGAUCUUCUAGGACUGCUUUUCAUCCUCUGGGACACCUUCAUGAUACCAAUGCAGGUUUUUGACUUUGAGAAAGACGCUUUUCUAUCAAGCAUGGAUUGGGUGACGCUGUUCUACUGGACCCUCGACAUGAUCCAGUCCUUCUUCACUGGAUACUUUCAAGAAGGAGUACAGGUUAUGGAGUUUAGGAGGAUAGUCCCGAACUAUUUGAAGACGUGGUUUGUCGUAGAUUUGGUGGUGAUUGGGCCAGAAUGGUUCACGUCAUUUUCACCUGAUGGUUUUGGCCUUGAUGGCGUCGGCAUUGGCCGAAUCCUGCGUUUGGGGAGGGCGAUGAGAGUACUUCGGCUCCUGCGGCUCUUGAAGUUGCGACGGAUAGUUGACGCGCUGCUGGAGUUGGUUGAGAGUGAGUACACAUUUACUGUCAUCAACUUGUUGAAGCUUCUUUUUGCCGUUUUAGUCCUGAAUCACGUGAUUGCCUGCGUUUGGUACCUGGUGGGGAGGCAGACAAUGCUCGCUGGACUACACAAUUGGUUUGAAAUGAGCGGCGAAUAUGUCGACGAUCAGAUUUACAUGUACUUCACUUCCCUUCACUGGAGUUUGACACAGUUUACGCCUGCAUCGAUGAAUGUGUCAGCAGCAAACAGAUCAGAACGGGUGACGUCUAUUUUGGUUCUCUUUUUUGCAAUGGUGGCUUUCUCAUCCAUUGUUGGGCACAUCACAGCCUCAAUGGCUCACUUGCAAAACUUGCGCGGUGCGCAGAUGAAGCAGUUCUGGCUACUUCGGAAAUACAUGAAACAGCGGCACAUUCGCAGAGAGCUGCAAUUGCGAAUCACCAAGUUCCUGGAAUACAAGGCGCAAAAGGAGCAUGACACGGUGCAUAGCAGCAGUGUCCUCAUCUUGGAGCAGCUAUCCGAACCUCUUCGCAAAGAGUUGUCGUAUGAGACUGUGGUGCACUGGAUCGCAACACAUCCUUUUUUCUCAGCAGUCAAUUCGAAGAUGCCUGUGUUCAUGCAUAGGCUCUGUCAUUCAGCUCUGAUCGAGAUUGCGCUCGCAUCUGGAGACAUUGUUUUCACAGCAGGCCAUGAAGCAAAGCAGAUGCUUUUCAUCAAGCAGGGUGAUUUACAGUAUAUCGGCCUGAACCGUAUCGUGCUGGAGCCAGCUUUGCAGCAACAGGAGUCGUUUGUGGAACCUGCUCUUUGGGUCUCAUGGCGCCACAUGGGAGAUUGCAAAGUGUUGUCCCCGGGAGAGCUGAUCGGAAUAUGCAACGACAUCUUCGCAAAGGAGAUGUGCUUGCACCAUUUGCCCUGGAGCUUCUGCAAGAUGUAUGCAGUUGAAUUCUGCGAAAGGCUCAACGCAAUUGCGCCGGAAGAUCUAUCCGAUGUUUUGCGCGAAGAUGAUGUGGGAACGAGCAAAAUGGUUGACAAGGCUCUGGAAGAGUUCUUUCCCGAGACACCCGAGGCUUCUGUGCAAACCGGCAGGCAAAAGGGCUUUCACUGGAAGACGGGAAGAACAUCCUUUGCAUUCAUUGAACUGAAGAGACUUUCUGACAUAAACACAAUAUUCGUAGAGAGGAAACGAGAAAGCAGAAUGCGGAUGUAG